AUGGAAACCCCUCAUCAACCACCCUCUUCCACCGUCGAUUUCAACCUCAACCACCAUCAUUUCGUUAAUAACCACCUCGAAACCAUCACCCCGGAUCAUCAUCAUCAUCAUCCUCACUUCGCUAAACAACCCAUGUUUGAAAAACCCUUGACUCCCAGCGACGUCGGAAAACUCAACCGCCUUGUCAUUCCCAAACAACACGCCGAGAAAUACUUUCCGCUCGGUGGUGGUGACGCCGCCGACCAACAGAAAGAUCUGUUGUUGAGUUUUGAGGACGAGUCAGGGAAGCUAUGGCGGUUCCGGUACUCGUAUUGGAACAGCAGUCAAAGCUACGUGUUGACCAAGGGUUGGAGUCGCUACGUGAAGGAGAAGCGUUUGGAUGCCGGCGACGUCGUUUUGUUCGAGCGAGACGGCUUGGAUUGUGAAAAAAUGUUCAUAGGGUGGAGACGGCGUUCUGCUCAGCCGGUUGCGCUUGGUGGUGCUCAGGUUAGUGGGUGGAGCACGGCGGUGUUCCAUGAUGCGCACUCUAAUUAUCCUUCGCACCCAUCCCUUCCUCUUCCAUACCAACCCGAAUCUCCUCAUGCAGGAGGGAUAUAUGAAAAUGUAAAUAAUUGCCAAAGAGGAGCGGUAGCAACAAGACGAUUGAGGCUAUUCGGGGUGAACCUCGAGUGCCCGGAUAACUCUGAGCCAUCAACUCCGGAUGGCUCGAGCCAGAGUGGUCGACCAGAUCACCAGUAUAGUUACAAUUCCUCGGACUUUCAUCUUAACAUGGAAGAGGAGGAAGGAUAA